AUGGGAAUAGAUUCUCUCUCACUUACCCCCACCAUUUAUUGUUGUUGUUAUUGUUAUUAUUAUUAUUCCUUGCAUUUGCUAUUCUCUCGUUCAGCUUAUCGCACAAAUGAAGGACAGCCAUGGGUAUUGCCAGUUGUCCGAAAAGUGGAAAUGAUGAUUGCCAAGAAUGCCGAUUUGAAUCAUGAAUAUCUACCUAUUCUGGGUUUGCCAGAUUUCCGUACCAAUUCCUCACGAAUUGCACUAGGAGAGGAUAGCCCAGCCAUCAAAGAGAACAGGGUGGGAGGUGUCCAAUCCUUGGGGGGCACUGGAGCUCUCCGUAUUGGAGCAGAGUUUUUGAGACGAUGGUAUAAUGGAACCAACAACACAGCUACCCCUGUCUAUAUUUCUGAUCCUUCCUGGGAAAACCAUAAAUCUGUCUUUACGGAUGCUGGCUUCAAGGACAUCCGGAACUAUCGCUACUGGGAUGCAGCAAAUAGGGGUCUGGACAUUCAAGGAUUCCUUUCUGAUUUGGAGAGUGCUCCAGAGUUUUCCAUUUUCAUUCUACAUGCGUGCGCUCAUAACCCCACUGGCACAGACCCCACUCAGGAGCAGUGGAAACGAAUUGCUGCUGUUAUGAAGCGCCGAUUCCUAUUCCCAUUCUUUGACUCUGCCUACCAAGGCUUUGCCUCUGGUUGCCUGGAUAAAGAUGCCUGGGCUGUACGUUUGUUUGUAUCGGAGGGCUUUGAACUCUUCUGUGCCCAAUCCUUCUCCAAAAAUUUUGGCUUGUACAAUGAGCGAGUGGGAAAUCUGUCCGUUGUGGCAAAGGAUGCAGAUAACGUGAAGCGUGCCCUAUCACAGAUGGAAAAGAUUGUCCGUACUACUUGGUCUAACCCACCAUCUCAAGGAGCACGAAUUGUGGCUACAACACUCUCCACACCAGAGCUUUUUGCUGAGUGGAAGGACAAUGUGAAGACAAUGGCAAAUCGGGUCUUGCAGAUGCGGGCAGAACUCCGGUCUCGGCUUGAGGCUCUGGACACACCAGGCACUUGGCAUCACAUUACAGAGCAGAUUGGCAUGUUUAGCUUUACUGGCCUCAACAUUAAGCAAGUACAAUACCUGAUCAAGGAGAAACACAUCUACCUGAUGGCCAGUGGCCGUAUCAACAUGUGUGGUUUGACCACAAAAAACCUGGAUUAUGUCGCUAAGUCCAUCUAUGAAGCAGUCACCAAAAUCUAGGAAAUCUGAAAUUGGGCAUUGCAUAUAUGUCACUUCCAUAGUAUUUUAAUUGUUUUUAAGACACAAGCUAUCACGGUGAGGGGGAAUUUAUGCACAAGAAUAGCCAAGGCGGUUGAGAAAAAAGCACCACUUAAUUUUCCCCCAUUACCAUUUUUAUGCUUCAAAUCCUCUUUCCUAUCCGAAACUGCUCAUUGUGAAUAUGAGAAAGAGAGAAAAUAUUGUUAUAUUUCCAUUUGUAUGGAAAAUUACCUGGAGGAGAAUUAAUAAUUAUAUACAUGCAAAAAAAUAAUAAUCAAGGAAUCCUCUAAAUCAUUUUGUCUCCUCCUAACUUUACUAGAUUCCAAAUCAGUCUUUGGAUUUGAGAGAUUAAAAACAAAAAAGUAGAACUUAACAUGCAGUUGUAUGCAAUAGUUGACCUGACCUUUAAUAGCCUGAAUAACUGUCUCCUUCCAUUUUAUCAAGCUGGUAGUCUCAUUGUCCUUAAUCUUUGUUGCUCAGGAGAUGGGACUGCAAUUGUCCCAAAAGUGUCUUCUUAUGUGUCUGUACCUAUGUAUCAGUGGGACUGAAACUAAAACGUGUUCCUUCUAUAGAAGCUGUCAAUUUGCACAUUUAGAAUUAAUAGCAGCUGCUUCUAGAAUUGAAGCACACAACCAUUUCCUGCUGCUUUGUAUGUGUACAUUCUGCACUUUAUGUAACUGACCCCAUCUGACCGGAGCCUGAUGAAGCAAAAGGACAGUGCUCCAAGGGUGGAUACCAAGAUAACUGGUCUAGCAGUUAUGGGCUGUGUGGGGGUUUUCAGGAAGCAAGAUUGUAAUUACUGCUGGCUUUCAGUCUCGCAUGAAUAAAACUGUAAACCGUAAUUGUACCUUAUCCCUCAAUGCAGAAUAAAUAUUUCUUCAUGCAGCUCCCAUUUAUAAGCCAACAUAAAUUUAAAUAUUGUAUUUAUUUUUAAAGCAGUAUCAUGAUCCUAUGAUUGACAUAAAAUAAUCUAUUGCUUCUUCCUAGGCACUUGAGGACAAAAGACAGGAACAUUUUUUUUUGCUUUUUUGUGUUCUCUAAUAAACGACCAGAAAACUUAUUUCAAUGGGUAAAUUAAUAUGCUAAAGUUCCCUUUGAACCCACAAGGCUCUAUACCCAAACAUACCUUGAUUUAUCUGAAAUGUAUUUUCUUUAAGGAAGCCUAACUUGGUGCAAGGUAGCACCAAAUCUUAUUAUAUUUACUCUUCCAUGGUCUCUAUAGGGCUGCCACCAUCCUGUUACAUCUUAAGGUCAUGAUUCUUUUCACAUCAUAAUCACACUAAGUCAUAAUGUAGUGGUACCAGAUUUGGGGUACAAAAGCCCAGAUGAAUGCUACAGGGAAGCUUUUCUGCCAUUAAAUGGAAGUCUAGAUUUUUAUAAUACAGUACAGUACAUAGUGGUUUGUUUAUUCUUUGGUGUAGUGUAUGAAGCUAAAUAUGCUUUUUCUGCUAGUUUCACUAUGCUUCCACAGCUAAACACAUUUUUGAUAGGUUGUCUUGAAAUCAAUUAAUACAUCUAAUAAUGGUUGUAUUUGGAACAUGCCACAUUUACAUUGUCCAGAUUCUCGCCGGCAUCCAAUUUUAAAUUAUGUAGAAUGAGAAACUACAUCAUUGUUAGAGCUAUGUUGCAUAGUUGUACUGAAAAGUGGAUGAGUUUUUGAGAUGGCAAAUCUUCAGAUAAU